AGCCGCUGCGAACUGUGGUGGCAUGGAGGGGAAGGGCGGAAUGGGACCAGGUGAUGGUGGGGCUGUACUGCGGGGACAGCCGGCUGCAGCAGGAGGCGCUGGAUCGGGUGUCGGCCUGGAAGAGCCGGUAUGGCCCUAAAAUGCCUCUUGCAGUGGAUUGCACUGCUGAACUGAUUCGUUGCAAGGUCCUGGAUUCAUCUGGCAAAUUGAGAUCACAUGAACUCAUUCUCUCAUAUGGUCUAGCUCUUGUAAGGUUUGUCAACUUGAUCACAGAAAGAAAACAGAAAACAGUCAGCGUUCCUCUGAGAAAACUAGCCAUAGAGGUAAAUAUCUAAAGAAAGUUUCUCAGUAACCCAUGCAUAG